CCACGAGCGCGCCUACGCCGCCUUGCAGCACUGGACCAUCCGCGGGCCCGAGGCCAGCCUGGCCCAGCUCAUCAGCGCCCUCCGCCAACACCGCCGCAACGACGUGGUGGAGAAGAUCCGAGGCCUGAUGGAGGACACCACGCCGGUGCAAAUGCAGCCUCAGUGGCAAGCGCAGGACCCCUGCAACAACGACGGAAAGCUGGAAGCUGACAGACUGGCGCUGCCGGUGAGUCCCAGCCCGCUCAGCCCCGCACCCAGCCCCAGCCCCAAGCCCCCCGAGGCGGCCGUCCUCACUGUGGAGCCCUCUCCUUCAGAGAAGAAAUGCUUCUUCGUCGACGAAGCGGAGCCCCUCCUGCGGUGUGACUCGACCUCCAGCGGCUCCUCCGCACUCAGCCGGACCGGCUCUUUUAUUACCAAAAAAAAGAAGGACACCGUCCUGCGCCAGGUGCGCUUGGACCCUUGCGACCUGCAGCCCAUCUUUGACGAUAUGCUGCACAUCCUCAACCCUGAGGAGCUCCACGUGAUAGAGGAGAUCCCGCAGGCUGAAGACAAGCUGGACAGGCUAUUUGAGAUCGCCGGAGUCAAGAGCCAGGAAGCCAGCCAGACCCUCCUGGACUCUGUCUAUAGCCACCUUCCCGACUUACUGUAGGCACUGGUCACCACGCACUCUCCGAAUAUUUGCUAGAGCUAGCUUGGCACUCGUUAAGAUGACUGACAAUACGCAAGCAGGUUUUGUUGUAGAAUAUAUGGCCAGUAUUUUCGUUGAGGUGUCCUUGGUUUCUGGAGGGGGGCAAUUUGCCAGCACUGCACCCCUCCACCUUAACUCUAUCGCUCAGUCCAAGUCUGCACCCUCUGCCCCCUUCCCAAGAAUCUCUUUUCCUUGUUCUCAUUCCAAUCAGAUCAGUCAAUGCACUUUA